AUGAAAAUUAAUGAGCUUACUUUGUCUUAAAGCUUUAUGACUAUUUUUUCAACACAAUCAACUAUAGAUACAAUUUCUAUAACUAAAUCUAGUGUAAAGUCAUCUUAAAAUACUCCUAAAUUGAUAGAAAUAGUGAAUUUUUAAAAUUCUAUAAUUAAAAAUAUUAGUUGUACUACUAAUAAAAUUCCCUUACUAUAUAUGAGUUAAUAAGUUUCUGCAGGAUAUGUUCUUUUAGAUUCUUCUAAAUUUAUGGAUAUCAACCUGCAAAAUGAUAUUCCAUUAAUAAGUCUAGAAAACAUUUUAAUAGUUUAAUUAAAUUAACUUAAUUUUAAAAAUAUUACUAUAUAAUAAAACUUAUAAUCCUCUAUUUUAGUAAUAUAUUCUUGCAAUUAAGUAAAAAUUUCUGAGAGCUUAUUUAUCAGCAAUAGUAAUUAAAAAGGAAAAGGAGGUUCAAUCCAAGCUAUAGAUAAUUAGUUUGUAGAUAUUGAAAAUUCUCUAUUUAUUUAAAAUAAAUGUUUGUCAUUAAAUGGAGGAGCUUUGUUCAUAAGUAAUAGUGUGUUUCAAGCAGAAGUUAUGAUAUAAAAUAGUAUAUUUGACUAAAAUACUGCCAUAUAUUCAACUGGUGGAGCUAUUCAUUUGGAAAACUCAAAUUUGAAAAUGUUUAAUACUUCUAUUUUUUCUAAUGAAGCUGCUAUUGGAGGAGGAGUUUUUUAUUAAUAGAUUAUUCCGGAUUUUAUAUUAGAUUUCUAAAAAGGAAUAGUUUAAAGUAAUAAAAUUAUAAAUAAUAAAGCUAAAUUUUUUGGAAAAAAUUUUGGUUCAACAUUAAGAACCAUAAAGGUAAAUUUAGAUAACAUAAAAGUAAACAAUCAAAGCUUAAUUACUAAAAAUAAUAGCUUACUAGAAGUAAUAUAAUUGAAAAGUGGUAAUUAAAUAUCAUUUUAAAGAAUUUAAAUCCUUGAUGAAGAAAAUAACCCUGUCAUUAUUCCAAAUUCAAAAGACUCAUAUUUAAAUAAAUAUUGUAGCAGCGUUUAAGCAUUAAUUUAAGAAGUUAGUAUUUCAGUUGAAUGGGAUUAAAAUGACACUUAAAUUUAAUGUAUUGGUCAGCUUUAAACAAAUUAAUUUAUAAACAAUGGUUUCUAAUUGUAUUUUUAAGUAAUGUACAAACCAUUAGGCAGUACAGUUUUAAAACUUGUAUCUAAUACAAUUUCAGAGCUUUAAGAUUCUAAGUAGCAGGUUUAUAUUAAAUAAGGAAAACUUGAAUAAGAAAUCAAUGUAUAAUUUUUAGGAUGCUCUAUUGGAGAUGUAUUAAUGCAUUAAGAGAAGUCAAUUAUCUGUGAGUAAUGCCCUGACGGUAAAUAUUCAUUAAAUCUUAAUGAUACAGCUUGCCAAUAAUGUCCAGAUUCGGCUAUUAAAUGUAUUGGUUCUAACAUAUAUUUAAAAAAUGGAUAUUGGAGAGAAAAUGAAUAGACAGAUAAUAUUGUUUAUUGUGAUUUUAAUCCAAAUUCAUGCUAAGCUGAAUCAAAUCUAUCAAAAAUGAACUGCAUUUAAGGUUAUAAAGGUCCUAUUUGCAAAUCUUGUGAUACUUAUGGUGAUGUAUGGGAUUAUAGAUAUUCUUAAUUAUUUGAUGAAGGAAAUUGCUACAGAUGUAGUUAAAACAUUUUAUAUAUAGUAAUUUAAAAUCUGACCAUAUAUUUAUUUGCCUCUUUCUAUGUAUUUGGAAUAUUAAAAAAAAUUAUCUCUUCAUUAUAAGCAAAACUUGCAGGGUAUUUUAUCAAUAAAGCAGAUAUUAUUUACUUGGGUACGACAAUAACUGAUAAAGAUAAAUCAUAAAUAGUUUCCAAGAUUCUAACAGAUCAUCUCUAAAUGUUAUCUUUACUUAAAACUCUUUAAAUUAGUAUCCCUUCAUAUUUUAGUACAUCUAUUGGAUUAUCUGGAAACCCUCUUAGAGUUACAAGUUCUAAAAAUUAUGAACAUAUUGGUAAAUUCUAAUUAACUACAGAGCUUACUAAUGAAUCAAGCAAAGAUAACGAGAGAAUGAUGAAUUCAAGCAGAUAAAAUGAAAAUUUAAAUAUACUUUUUUCACCUAAGUGA